CCCAUUAUGCCUAGGUACGAUCGACUGGCACUGUCGUGUAUAUGAUUCCAAAGCGAGGCGUUUCUGAACAACGACAGAUCUCGUCUGCUUGGGUACCUGGAAUUUCGACUGUACCAGGAUGUCUUAAUCAACCAAAAUUCCAGCUUUUCAAUGAUUGAAUAAUUAUCUGGUUAUUUGAAGAAGGGAAACAGCCAUGACGAGCGACAAUCGGCCGCCGACUCUGGUGGCGUUUCUCGUUGGAGAUUCAGUUGGAUUCAUUCCAAAGCCAUGGCCAAGAGAUAGGUUCAAGGAGGCCCUUGUCGACACUCUCGAGGCUUUUGGAGAGCCCUGGGUGAUAUGUGAAUGUCAACAAAAUGAUGAUGGACAAGACUGGCUCACUGUCACUAAAAUUGCCAUGGAAGCUAGAAGUGAAUAUAUUGAAAUGAAAUGCACCAAACCAGAAAGUUCCUGUACACAGGAAAAUGCACAGCUGAAACACUCGAUAUUGGAAAAGGCGAAGGCUGAAGAUGUCAAUGAUACAUUUUGCUUGCUAGGAAUCACGGAAGAAAACAUUCUGACUGUGUUGUCAAAUGAAAGAGGCUUACCAGACCAGUUUAAUCAGUUGCCUGAUGAAUUGAAGAAGAAAGGUUUUCAUGGAGUACAUGACACAAUGUUGUUCUUAGAGGAGAAGAUUUCGAAAACAAUGGUGACGUCACCGAAUUUAAAUGAAAUUGCAGGCAGAACAUUUAAAAUGAAAGUACCAACACUUGUCAUCGUGGUUGAGGGCGACCUUGAAACGAUCAGUCACGUGGCCGAAGCUGUUAAGAAAGACAUUCCUGUGCUGUUGGUACGUGGAUCGGGCAUGGCAGCUGACUUAAUUGGAUACUGUAUGGAGGAGGAAGGCGCCAUAGAAACUCGUGCACCAUUGCUGUUUGGAAUAUGUUUCUCGAAAGAAAACUUCGAAUCGCUGGUUACAAAUAUAAAGACUAUAGUGAAACAUAAAAGCAAGGUCACUGAAUUCAACAUUUUGACUGAUAGUGUGACGUCAUUGAAGGACAAAGUAACCGAAAGCAUCAUUCGGGUCUGGGCCCUGGCUCAUGUUAAAGGAGAAGAUACGGCCGCCGACUUCGGGUACAAUCCAACAAAUCAAACUGCUGAUGUCGAUGAUGUACCAGCAGCCGCCCAGUACAAUUUACCCAAGCAACACAACGGUGUCCCUCGACGAACGAGUAAGAUUGUGCCAAUUUCUGAUAAAGCUGUUCGUCCUAAAUCAACGGAGAGCAACAGAAAAGUUACUAGCAACAAAGACAUGAAGCCGUCACCAAUUGCACGCUACAUGCUCUACCAGAUACUUCAGUCUCCACAACACUUGUUGGGUUGCCUGAAACAUGAAACUCUUUUAUCAUUGAAGCUUGGGAAAAGUCUCCUUGCAUAUGCACUCAAAGAAGACCUUGGCGAUAUAGUAGAGCUACUCAUUGACAAGGGAAUCAAACUUGAAUGGGCGGAUGCUGAACGACCAAGCAAAGAAACCCAUCUAGAUGAAGAAAGGAAGUCUCCGUAUGAAGAUGGAAAAUCUCUGUAUGAAGAGAUGUAUAGAGAACGAAAGAGGUGUCAGACAAACCAGGCAAGGGCGUGUAUUGCGGAUAUCAUAGAGCUCCCAGAAGCACAAGGUUUACGUGAAAAGACAGGUGCAUGGCAGAUCGGCUGCAGCGUUAUAUCCUACACAAUCGGCACCGAUGCAGAAUCCAAGGAGACUAACAUCAUGACGCCAUCUGAUUUACUCUUGUGGGCAGUCUUGAACAACAAUAUGAAGAUGGCGGAAAUAUUUUGGAAGCGUUCCCACGAGCCUAUCCUUACAGCUCUCAUUGCGUGUACCAUACUAAGGAAGAUGUCAAGGAAAGCACAUCAUUUAAAGGAAAGGGAAAUGGAAGACAAAAUGCUGUUACACUCACGGGUGUUUCGACAGAGAGCCAUCGAUGUCACUCAAAGGUUGUACGAAACUAACGACCAAGAAGCUAUAUUUACAUUAGAACUAGAAAACAAGACGCCUGUAUGGGGUAUUCGGGAGAACGCCCUUGAAUUUUCCCAAGCACACAACAUUUACGAUUUUGUGGCCCACCAUGUUCCUCAAAGAAGCUUUGACAAAAUAUUUUAUGGCGGGGACUUCUUUCAUGAUAAUGAUUUACAAAACCCUAAGCCUUCUAAGAAGAUGAGGACCUGCUGGAAGUUUCGGUUUUAUGAUGUCUUAACCUUUUUCAAGGCUUUGGUCGCUUCUCCGAUUUCGAAAUUCGCUAUCCACUAUAUUUUCUUUAGCUUAUUCCUGGUAUGCCUAAGUGCAUUUGUCAUGACGAACAUCACGUCUGAAAAAUGGCCCAUAAACGAAAAAACAGUUUAUGAGUAUUGCUCGUACGUUUGGCUGUUUGCUGACAUAUUGGAAGAAUACGUGCCACCAGCCGUCUACAUGUUAAUGGAACACUUUCAUUCGUCACAAUGGAAACGAAGAGCUUGGAACCACAUGAACAAUUUCUGGAACGCAAUGGACUUCUUAUCCUACGUCGUGCUGGUAACCGGGAUAUUUGUGCGAUUCCUCUACGAAACUACAGAUUUCGGAAUAUCCAGACGUUUUUUCACCAUUGGCCUAUUUCUGAUGUACAUGCGGUUUCUCCAUGUUUUACUUAUUAGAAGGAAAAUUGGCCCAACAAUUAUCAUGUUAAAGGAGGGGCUGAAAGAGUUGAUGCGAUUUUUUGUGAUCAUGGCUGUAUUUAUCAUCAGUGCUGGGGUGUUCUACCAUGCCAAUCUGUAUCCGAACCACUACGACAUGUUCUCGACUUUUGGUGUUCGGUAUUGGAGCGUUUGGAAAGUCAUAUACCUCCCAUACUGGUCGGUAUAUGGCGAGUUCAAAGAUGAAAUCGAAGGUAACGACUCCACGGAUAAUUGCAGCUACAAUCAAACCGUGUACAUGAAUGACCCGGAUAUCGUGAGGUGUCCUGAAAAAGACUGGAUGGUUUCCCUUAUGUCUGGAUUCUUCGUCCUGAUAUUGAACCUGUUACUGGUGAAUCUAAUCAUUGCUAUGUUUAGUUUCCGAUUCGAAGAAAUAAACAAAAACUCGGACCAGUUUUGGCGUUUUCACAGAAGCCAAGUGAUUUUGGAAUUCCGAAGGAGAAUUCCUGUACCUUUAAACUUGUUGCUUCGACCGAUUGCGAUUCUGUGGUUUUGUAUAACAAAAAGCGAACGCGAGCAGCAGAAUGAAGCAGAUGUGGAAGCCAGAGCUAAACUAGACAAAAAACAGCAAAUAUUGGCACGUCGAUGGGUAUUAUCAGAAAGCGACGCUCAGAUGUUCUUUGACAAAUAAUGAGAAUAGGAAGAUUGAUUCCAUACUUGAAAAUUCAAACGUAUAUGAUGGGCCAACAGUACAGGAACAGAAAGGACGAAGCGCAACAUAUGGUCACAUAUAGUCCGAAAAAAUAAAGACUGAUGUAUUCAUCGACAUUGGUUCACAGACCAGUGAAUCAAUCGAGAAAGAGAGACUUUCAGAAAAAUAGAAAUGUUUAAAAUAUAUUAUGUGCGUAUAAAAAAAAUAGUGUGCGGUUUUACAUUUUUUAAUUUUAAUUUUGAUUUUUUUUUUAAUUCAUUGUUCUGAUCAAAUUAUCGAGAGGGUAGACAUAUUGUUCUAUGGUGUGUUAAUAUAGACGUCGUAUAUGAAACCUUUAUAUCGCCAUCAACCUGCUCUACUACAACUACCUUUUCUAUACAAUGUAAUCUUUCAUAAUACCUGUUAACUAAAUACGUUGCAAAGCUAAAUAUGAUCAACUUUGAAUAAUAAAAAAAAAAGAGAAAACGUUUUUGGUCAUUUGACACAAUCGCAUAAGCUCGUAGGAUACUUCACUACUUUUUUCAGAUUACCCCCCUUAGUCAAGCGUGGAUUGUGAUUUAUCCUUCUCAAAGGAGAUAAAAAUUAACCUAUUUAUAUAUGUAUUUUGGACUAUCAUCCGGACUUCGUGUGAGAGCAACCACAUGUAUGUUUAUGUGUAGAUUUAAGUGUGUUACUUUUGUUGAUAUACUUGCGUACAUUUUGUAAAUUUAGGUUAUUAUACAAGUAAUGUGUAGAGCAUAACAGGUUUCCUGUUGCUUAGUACCCUAUAUAGUGUUGUUUAAUUAUUCACUGUUCAACAGUUAGAAUGAUGGUAGCUGGUCACAAACCAGAUUCUCAAAUUUCCACCAUCUUGUACAUUUUACAAGUUUACUUAUACUACUUUAAUUAUAUUUGAUAAACAAUACACUUUCACCGUAUUUACAUUCUAAUAUCAGAGUUAUGUCUGUUUUGUAUUAUCACUAUUCAGAUACUCUCGGAUGGAAAAUAAAACCUUUGUAUGUCCGGUGUAUUGUUAUAUAAAAUGUGUGGCCAUCUAGUUAACGAUAAUCAAAUAAAAUUUUGCUUGUCCGCUGUAUUAUCUCUUCAGAUAAGUGUCCGUCUAUUGUAUAGUCAAAUAAGAAUGACGUUCGUUCGGAUCAAAACUAUUCUAUUUAUUGUAUAAACAUGUUUCAGUCACAUGUAUGAUAAAAUAAAGUUGUAUCCGUCCUUGUUACCUGAUUAUUGAUAUACAAAUUCUGACCGUCUAAUGUAAUAUCAAUAAUACUUUGUCAUUUCACUGGUACCUGUACAAUGAUCUCAAAGCUCUGAACGUCUUAUGUGUUAUCAAAAAUAGUCUGUGCGUCCAAUGUUACCUACAUAAUGUUAUAAAGAUUCUGACCGUCCAAUGUUACCUACAUAGUGAUAUAAAGAUUCUGACCGUCCAAUGUUACCUACAUAGUGAUAUAAAGAUUCUGACCGUCCAAUGUUACCUACAUAGUGAUAUAAAGAUUCUGACCGUCCAGUGUUACCUACAUAGUGAUAUAAAGAUUCUGACCGUCCAAUGUUACCUACAUAGUGAUAUAAAGAUUCUGACCGUCCAAUGUUACCUACAUAGUGAUAUAAAGAUUCUGACCGUCCAAUGUUACCUACAUAGUGAUAUAAAGAUUCUGACCGUCCAAUGUUACCUACAUAGUGAUAUAAAGAUUCUGACCGUCCAAUGUUACCUACAUAUAGUGAUAUAAAGAUUCUGACCGUCCAAUGUUACCUACAUAGUGAUAUAAAGAUUCUGACCGUCCAAUGUUACCUACAUAGUGAUAUAAAGAUUCUGACCGUCCAAUGUCUGAUCAAAAUAGUGUGUACGUCCGUGCAAUAUAUGAUUACAAAUAGUUUGUCCUUUCACUGUUACCUGUAUAAUGAUAUAAAAAGUAUGUCUGUCUAAUGUAGGAUCAAGUAGGAUUUUUGUCUGACCAGUGCACUUUUAGUACAGGUAUAACUAUCAUGGCCUAUGUCACGAAGCUUUUUCUUUCGUGGUAUGAUUUUGUUUUCCUUUUAGGGUGCCAAUGAAGAUUCCAAAAAUAUUUCAACGUCUCAGUUUACACUCUCGUUAACGUCUGAGUUAAACACACUCGUUAACGUCUGAGUUAAAUACUCGUUAACGUCGGAGUUAAACACUCUCGUUAACGUCUGAGUUUAACUCGUUAACGUCUGAGUUAAACACUCGUUAACGUCUUAUUUUAACACUCGUUAAUGCUGAGUUAAACACUCGAUAACGUCUGAGUUAAAUACUCGUUAACGUCUGAGUUAAACACUCUCGUUAACGUCUGAGUUAAACACUCUCGUUAACGUCUGAGUUAUACACACUCGUUAACGUCCGAGUUUAACUCGUUAAUGUCCGAGUUAAACAAUCUCGUCAACGUCCGAGUUAAACACACUCGUUAACGUCUGAGUUAAAACACUCUCGUUAACGUCUGAGUUAUACACACUCGUUAACGUCCGAGUUAAACACACUCGUACACGUCUGAGUUAAACACUCUCGUUAACGUCUGAGUAAAACUCGUUAACGUUUGCUGUAUAAAUUGUAUUUAGACUGUGAUUGUUUUACUUCAUUUAAUUUUAAUUGGAUGUUUUUUUAUGAUACUUUAAUAUUAUCUUGAUGACCAUAUAAAAUGAUUAACAUGUAUUCCUUUUACACUGAUUGUUUUAAAUCAAUAAUACAAUCCACUGACGUUAUGAUUGCUUACAUGUCGUGAAUGUCGGUUUAAGCAGGGUAUGUUUUACAAUACUUAGUAAUUCGAUUUUGAAAUGGUUUUACGCAUUCGAUUUACAUUGUGUUUAUGAUUGUGAGCUUUGGACUGAUCUAGGCGACUUACUUAGUUUUACGGGUUCUUGCGUCCUCACAGCCUUGGUGGUAUGAUGACGGGUGUCAAGGAGACAUCAAGAGUGGAAACAUGUUACACAACCCUAUGCAUUUUAGUAUCCUUAUAUAAGGCAGACUAGGGGUAUGGAUAUUUGCCAAUCAUAGAUUUAAAAAAAACAUGCAAAUUAAAAGAUUCUUAAAACUUCCUCGAAUAUUUCAUCUGUGAUAAGAUUAAUCGAAGUAUUGCAGCAUGAUCUGAUCACCACAUCCAAUUACAUAACACCAACUAAUUCAUUACCGAGAUCUGAUCACCGCUACAAACUACAUAAUAUAUACAGCAACUAGUACUGAAAUCCGAUCACCACACCAAACUAAACGAAAGACACCAACAAAUACAGUACCAAGGUAUGAUCACCGCACUAAACUACAUAAUAUACAUCAACUUAUUCAGUACAGAGAUCUAAUCUACGAAUAACGUUAUCCUGUGAUACAUUACAAACCGAUAUCUAGAUAAUGACGUAAUAAUGUAAUACAUUACAGGCCGAUAUCUAGAUAAUGACGUAAUCCUGUGAUAUAUUACACUUGUAUAUUUAGCGAAUGACGUAAUUAUGUGAUACAGUACAACCCGAUAUCUAGAGAAUGGUCUUAUCCUUUAUAUUACAUGCCGAUAUCUAAAGUAUGACUUUAUCAUAUAACACAAUUGUAUAAUACAUGUUGAUAUCUAGAUAAUGACGCAAUCCUUAAAUAUAUGUUAAAUUCCGAUAUCUAACGAAUGACGUAAUUUUGUGAUAUUACAGGCCGAUAUCAACAGAAUUACUAAAUCCGAUAAUACAGUUGUAUAAUACAUGCUAGAUAAUUACGUACUGCUGUGAUAUAUAACUAAUAACGUUAUCCUGUGAUAUCUAGAGAAUGUCGUGAUCUUGUGAUAUAUUACACUGACAUAUCUAACGAAUGACGUAAUUCUGUGACAUAAUACAUUCAUAUAUCUAGCUUAUGACGUAAUCCUGUGAUCAACGUAAACCUGUGAUACAGUAUAUUAUAUUUAUAAAUCUAAAGGAUGAUGUAAUACUGUAAUACAUUACAGCCCUAUGUCUAGAGAAUGACGUAACCCUUUGAUAUAAUAUAGGCCGAUAUCUACAGAAUGACAUUAUCAUCUAAUACAUUUGUAUAUUACAUUCUGAUAUCUAGAGAAUGACGUAAGAGCAGUAAAUUCAAAUACUGUAUGCUACAUAUUUGAAAAAGAAUAUCAUGUGAAUCUAUAAAUCUGUUUUCUAAUAAAAUACAUUUAUAGUAUCUG